AACAUCAUUCUCACUCUCUCCUCUUCUCUCUCUCUCUCUCUCUCUCUCUUCUCUCAGUCGGAAGCAGAGGAGCCAAAAUCAAUGGCGGCCAACAAUUUUGCGACGAAGCUAAGCAGAAACACCAAUAGAAUUACCGUAAUCUUGGUCUACGCAUUCCUUGAAUGGCUUCUCAUGUUCUUUAUCUUCCUCAAUUCCUUUUUCACUUACUUUAUCGUCAAAUUCGCCUCUUUCUUCGGUCUUAAGCAAGUAUGUCUUCUCUGUCCGAAGCUAGAUCGAAUCUUCGAGCGAAAGCCAGAAAACAGAUUCACUUACAAAGAGCUUUUAUGUCAAAAUCACAUCGCCGAGCUCGCUAGUCUGAGUUUUUGCAGAACUCACGGGAAAUUAUCCGAAUCGGCGAACUUAUGCUCAGAUUGCUCUAAUCGCGAAGAAGAACAGAGCAACAUUGGUUUAGGUUUUUGCACAUGUUGUCAGAAGAGCUUAGCGGAUAAACCAUACCCUAAUUACUUGCUUCUCAAGUCAUCAAUUUGGGGGAAAACUUUGGGUGACAGAGAAGAUGGAGGAUUGAUCUUAGAGAUGAUCGAUGAUGAUAAAUUUGGAGAUGGGUUUGAGAUAGAUAGAGAAUCUUAUCCCUUAGGGUUCUUCAGAGAUAAAGCAGAAGAAGGAAAGAAGCAAGACCAGCAGCAAAAUGGUGAAGUGAUUUCAGAUGUUGAGAGUUAUGGAUUAAGCUUGAGAGAAGUGUCUGAAGAGGAUGGGUUAAGAUCUAUCAUCAGCAAUAAUUCUCCUGGGAACGAAGCUAAAUCAAGAGUUUCAGAGGAUGAACAAAGGAAUGAUGACACAAGCAAUGUUGCCACAUAUGGGGAAGAUCAAAUUUCAGGGCGUGUAGAAGAAAAAGAAGAAGAAACAGGAGUAGCAGAUUUGUUGUAUGACCAGUUUGAGAGCAAGAAUUUCACUGGUAGCCAAAUCGAAGAAGAAGAAGAAGAUAGAGAAGAAACGACUAAGGAGCUUGAUCCGGAAACUCCAACUUCAGUCAGUACUUUGUUUAACAAGAAACUUCAUUUUCUUGCUAGAAAUGAGUAUGCAGCUGCUGAAGAUGCAGGAGAUGGGAAUGUAUUAGUGAGUGAGAUGGACGGUGGCGAUCCUUUAAGGACUAUUGAAAGGUUGAGAGAGACAGUGAGAGCAGAACAAGAAGCACUGAGAGAUUUAUAUGCAGAGCUGGAAGAAGAAAGAAGCGCGUCUGCAAUAUCGGCUAACCAGACAAUGGCAAUGAUCACGAGGCUACAAGAAGAGAAAGCGAAAGUUCAGAUGGAAGCGUUGCAGUAUCAGAGAAUGAUGGAGGAACAAGCCGAGUAUGAUCAAGAAGCCUUGCAGCUAUUGAAUCAUUUGAUGGUGAAACGAGAGAAAGAGAAGGAACAACUCCAGAGAGAACUUGAGGUUUAUCGGGCAAAGGUUUUGGAGUAUGAAUCGAAAGCUAAGAACAAGAUCAUCGUUGUGGAAAACGAUUGUGAGGCUGAUGAUGAUGAUAAAGAGGAGGAGAAUAGAGAAGAGGAUAAUUCUUCUGAGAUGGAUGUGGAUUUGGAGAAGAUAACAUUAGAUUGCGUACAACAUAUGAGCAUGCUUGGUGAAUCUUUAUCAGAGUUUGAGGAAGAGAGGUUAGUGAUUUUGGAUCAGCUUAAGGUGUUAGAGGAUAGGCUAGUAACAAUGCAGGACAAGGAAUCUGCUGAGGAUCCGGGAGAAUUCAGCAAUAGUUAUGAAGAAGCGAGUAAUGGACAUGGAGGACUAACAAUGGCAUCAAUGGCAAAGAGUCUGCUACCUCUUCUAGACGCAGCAGAGAACGAAUCAGAAGACGGGUCUCAAGGACUACCAGAAUCAGAUGAAAAGAACUUUGGUUCGGACAGUGAGAAACUGGAGAUAAUCAAACAAGUUGAUAGUGUCUAUGAGAGGUUACAGGAGCUGGAAACAGAUGGAGAGUUUCUGAAAAACUGUAUGAGUUCAGCGAAGAAAGGUGACAAAGGAACAGAUAUUCUUAAAGAUAUAUUGCAACAUCUCCGCGAUCUCAGAACCAUUGAACUCACUAACACAAUUGAAAACCAGACGACACAGGAAGAGUGAUGUUUAUUCACAAGAAUUAUAUAUGAACUCUCUCUCACACCAUUGUUCAGACAGAUUUCAAGCCGGAAUCAAUGUCUUUGCACUGCUCAAUGGAGGAUCUGAGAAUUACAGAAAUUCUUAGAUGUCUCUUGUUUGUGUUUUCUUUUUUUGUUUGGUGUAACAAAAGGUUUCACACACACUAGUCAUUGAAUUUGUAUCUGUCAAUGUAAAUUCUGUGUUUCUUGUAGUUUAUGAGAGUUUUCAGUUGGAAAAUAAUUGGCACAUAAAACUGGUUCGUUCUGCAA